UUAAGGACCCCAGGAUGUCCAUGCUUGCUGAGCCCCGGAGGAAACAGAAGUGGUCUGUUGAUCCCAGGAACAGCGCCUGGAGCAAUGACGACUCCAAAUUCGGCCAGAAGAUGCUGGAGCGAAUGGGCUGGUCUAAGGGCAAGGGCCUGGGCAGAAGUGAGCAAGGCUCCACGGAUCAUAUCAAAGUAAAGGUUAAAAACAACAACUAUGGUCUUGGAACCACUGCCAGCUAUGAGGAUAAUUGGAUCGCCCACCAAGAUGAUUUCAAUGAGCUUCUUGCUCAACUGAACAACCAUCAUGGUCAAAACAAUAGCAUUGAACCACAACCAGAGGAGAAGCAAUCAUUCAGCUUGGAAGAGAAGUCCAAGACUUCCAGAAAGAGGGUCCAUUACAUGAAGUUCACUAAAGGAAAGGAUCUGUCCUCCCGUACUGAAACAGACCUGAACUGUAUCUUUGGGAAAAGAGGAAACUCUGCCAAGGACCAAGAGCAGGGGAGCAACAGCAGUGAUUCUCAGGGUGAGACGGGCGAGACUUGUACUCCGGCGUCUUCUGAACUGGAUACUGAGUCCAUCACCAAGACUGUGACGAGCACGCUCACCAUGCAGGAGUAUUUUGCACAGCGAAUGGCUCAGUUGAAGAAGGCUCGUGGACAGGCCCAGAGUACAGCACCCGACGAGACAUCGGGCCCAUCGGAGGAACCCAGUCCCACCCACAGCAGCAACGACGAUUCAGAGGAGCCCAAAAAGAAAAAGAAGAAGAAGAAGAGCAAAAAGUCAGCAGAUCAGCUUGAAGUGGCAGAAGAGAUCAGUACUGCUGCUGUUGUAAUGGAGGACAAUGAGGGCCAACCGCAGGAGCGUCCGGGGAAGAAGAAGAAAAAGAGGAAAAGGGUUGAAAACGAAGGGGCUACAAAUGAGAACUGCAGCUCCCCCUCUGGCGUGGAGCAGAACUGUAAGGAGCUGCCUCCAUCCAAGAAGAAGAAGAAGGUUAAAAACAACAAUAAGGAAACAGAGCUACUAAAGGGACACAGGCCAACAGAGGAUCAAACUGUAGAAUCUGAGCUCGUUCACAAAAAGAAGAAGAAACACAGAGUGGAGGAGGUGGACGAUGUGGUAAAAGAGGAGGAGCAGGAGAUAGUAGAGAAGAAAUCCAAAAAGGACAAGAAAAAGAAAAAGAAGCAUCAAGAAUAGGUGGAAUUAAUAAAAAAUGGCCUCCAGUUCCAUCAGUCCUUAGAGCUUCAGGGGGACUCGUGUCAUCCUGUUUCCAUACACAUGAGCACUGGGCAUGUUCAUUGUCUUCAUGAGCAAAUCAAAUGUCUUGUGUUUGUAUAUUCAAUCCAAUAACCUGUUUAUGAGGAACACUCAGCUACAGUGAGGAGGAAAGACAUUCGAUCACAAUAAAAACCUUGAAGCUGGCCAGUAAAGCCACUGGGAUACUCCAUUGUUGCAGCGGAGGGUAAAAUGCCACGACUUAAUGAAGAGUUACAACAUUUUGGUAAAAACCUAUUUGCUUUCUUGCUGUGAGUUGGAUGAGAAGAUUGACGCCACUCUCACGUCUGUGUGGUAAAUAUAAAGUUAAGACCUGUGCAACUCCACAUAAAUGGAAUAUGUCAUUUCUACACAUUUGGACUGAUUAAACAAAAAUCGUGUGUCAGUUAGGGUUAGAGGUGAUGUUGUUGGCAGAGCCAGGCUAGCUGUUUCCACUCAUGCUACAUGCUAAGCUAACCAGCUGCUGGCUGUAGCGUCAUAUUUAAUGGACAGAUGUGAGAGUGGUAUCGAUCUACUCGCCGACUCUGGGCGAAUAUUCCCAAGAUGUUGAACUCUUCCUUUUAAGAUAUUAGAUGGAUCUAUUUCUCCACAGUGUCUCAAAUGUAUGAGCACAGAUGUCAUAAGCUGACGUACUUUUUUAAAUGAGGUGAGAAGAGUGCUUCUGUCUCGUCUCAUUAAGUAAAAAGGGUCCAAAUAAUUGAUUUCAAAAAUAGCACCAAUCAAUUCAAGAAAACUUAUUUGAUGUUUUUUUGAACAAUAUAUAAAAAUGCAAUUUUACCAUCAUUUGUGUCUCAGCAUUUUAUCUGCAUUAGUAUUUAUUGAGGCAAUCAUAGUGGACUGUUUCUUAACCAUCUUUGUCCUGUUAAAGGCCAUGGAUGCCUCCUGUGAAAUGAAGCUCUUCAUAUCGUUUAUUAAAGUGACCCAGAGACUGUUUUUGCAAAAUUUGUAAGAACACAGAACUUUGUCGUCUCUGCGAUGUGUUUGUAUGACGUGACGAAUCUGAAUGGAUGCAAUUCAAUGUUGUUUUGCUACAAAUCUUUGAAAACAUCUGUCUGACACAUUAAGUUUAAUAGGAUCAAACCAUUUUUAAAUAAAUUCAAGUAGC